UGCAGGGUGAAGGCAGCAUGAAUGAUCCCUGAAUGUGCCUUUGGGCAUAUUUAGCCAUUCACUUUUGAUUAGAAGAAAGAAGACAGCCAUCACUUGAGAGGCAAAGCUUCAGUGACUGAAAGAGUUGUGAACUUUCUGAAUUUCGGAAACAGUGAAGGUGGAACACAGCAGAGAGUGUAUAAUAAAAGAUAACACAGAUUGGAAGAAAGACUGAUGAAAAAUAACAGCAUGAUUCAGACACACCACUGAGUUCUUUGGGAUGCACAAAAGUGUCUUGUUGGGAAGCAUGAGAUAGAAGACAAGACCCUGCCUCAGCCAGCGUACAUGAGAAUAAUUCUAAAGGAACCUAUCGAUAAAUGCAAAACAGUAGCUGUUGGAGGUGAUGGAAACGUACUGGAACAACAGGAGAAGCUGGUAGCUUAUAGGAAGCCAAGAUGACAAGAAAGUUUUUAAAUAAUCUAAGGAAGAGUCCUGUCCAAAAAUGAGGUGAAUUAAUGCUCGGGUACUCAGGAACCCUGGACAGCUACAUGAGGUGUUUAAAAACUGCCCUGAGUAUCUUGCCAAACAAGUCUCUGCUCAUGAGGCCCUACAGAAUGAACAAGCUGAGGCGGGACAGUGUCCUGCCCUGUAGGAACAGUGACUGCUGACCUGCCACGAGUGAGCCGGGGACUGCCUGCUGCCUGCCAAUACAAUGAAGGAAGUGGUCUAUUGGUCACCCAAGAAGGUGGCAGACUGGCUGCUGGAGAAUGCCAUGCCAGAGUACUGUGAACCUCUGGAGCAUUUCACAGGCCAGGACCUGAUCAACCUGACCCAAGAGGAUUUCCAAAAACCCCCCUUGUGCCGAGUCUCCUCUGACAACGGGCAGCGGCUCCUGGACAUGAUAGAAACCCUGAAAAUGGAGCACCACCUGGAAGCACACAAGAACGGCCAUGCCAACGGGCACCUCAACAUCGGCGUCGACAUCCCCACCCCCGAUGGCAGCUUCAGCAUCAAGAUUAAACCCAACGGGAUGCCAAAUGGGUAUCGGAAGGAGAUGAUAAAGAUCCCCAUGCCAGAGCCAGAGCGCUCCCAGUACCCCAUGGAGUGGGGCAAGACUCUUCUGGCCUUUCUUUAUGCACUUUCCUGUUUUGUUCUCACCACAGUGAUGAUCUCGGUCGUCCAUGAACGAGUACCUCCUAAGGAGGUGCAGCCUCCACUACCGGACACGUUUUUUGACCAUUUUAACCGGGUGCAGUGGGCCUUUUCUAUUUGUGAAAUUAAUGGCAUGAUCCUUGUAGGACUCUGGUUAAUUCAGUGGCUGCUCUUAAAAUACAAGUCUAUUAUUAGCAGAAGAUUUUUCUGCAUAGUUGGCACGCUGUACCUGUAUCGGUGUAUUACAAUGUAUGUAACUACACUCCCAGUACCUGGUAUGCAUUUCAACUGUUCUCCGAAGCUUUUUGGAGACUGGGAAGCUCAACUGCGGAGAAUAAUGAAGCUCAUUGCGGGAGGUGGCUUGUCCAUCACGGGCUCUCACAACAUGUGUGGGGACUAUCUGUACAGCGGCCACACGGUCAUGCUAACCCUCACCUACUUAUUUAUCAAAGAGUAUUCCCCUCGAAGACUCUGGUGGUAUCACUGGAUUUGCUGGCUUCUCAGCGUAGUUGGAAUCUUCUGUAUUCUCCUAGCGCAUGACCACUACACUGUGGACGUGGUGGUGGCAUAUUACAUCACCACGAGACUCUUCUGGUGGUAUCACACUAUGGCCAAUCAGCAAGUGCUAAAGGAAGCUUCCCAGAUGAACCUCCUGGCCAGGGUAUGGUGGUACAGGCCAUUUCAGUACUUUGAAAAGAAUGUCCAAGGAAUUGUACCUCGAUCUUACCAUUGGCCUUUCCCCUGGCCGGUAGUCCACCUUGGUAGACAAGUUAAAUACAGCCGGUUGGUGAACGACACAUAACAGCUGUACAAAGCGGGGGAAAGACGAAUUGUCCGAAGUGCUAAGAACUCCAUGAGAGAAGAUGCCAUAAAUAAACACCUCCCUAAUCCUAUUAUCUUUCAAUGGUUACCUUGACUUAACCUAUUGAGUUACCUGGUCAGCACUGUGAUCUUUUUUCUCUCCAAAGGACCUGCGUUGGACAACAAUAAAGAAAAAUUUAAUCUAUCAUGCACUGUACACAUUUCCUCUUCAUAAGUUUGGGAUUUACAUAACCCACAACCACCAUGUUCCUUUGUAUAUGAUGCAACAGCAUAAAUGUAAGCUUUUAUAUCAUAAGUUCUGGUCUUUCCAGUCACAUCUGGAAAUAAAGCGUAUUAUUUUCUUGGGAAAACAUACUUUUUCAUAUCUCUUGCCCCAAAGAUUGGGCUGUAAGCCAUUUUCUAGCAAAUGUCUCUAUGAAGGUUUCUAAGUACCUGAAUGGGGUUUGAUUCUAAAAUCUUUCUACCUGUUGCACCGAUAUUCAAAUAAAAAUGACAGACACAGAAAGGUUUGGUAACUUUGGGUUUUGUAAAAUCAGCAGAGACAGUGUGUCAAAAAGUGCAAAAAAAAAAAAAGAUUCUGUUAUAAAGUGAUUUUCUAAGUAUUUCCUAACUUUAUUUUUCAAAAUGAUGUUAUGAAAACCAAAUUUAAAGAUUUUUACAUGUUGAGAGAAGAGAGUUAAAAUUUAAAUAUGUGUCUUGGGAGAGAAAUUUGUCUAUGUUUCUAGUGCCUUUCUUGUCUUGAUUGUAUGGUCAGUAGGCAAUCUUAAAUGUUUUUAUUUAAAAUAAAGUAUUCCAUGAAAAUAUAAAUAUGUAUACACUACUAAAUUUUGCAUUUAUAGCUAAAUUAAAUCGGAAGACUGCUUAUGGUUUUAAAAUUGCAAUGACUUAAAGAAUGGGGUUAUUAAUUAGAGAGUUAGAGCCUGUUCACAUAUUGUGAGCAGAUAGCAAUGACAUGUACCACUUAAAUUAUUUUAUUGUCUAUUUGGUAGUUCAAUUUUAACUACUUAAUGAAACAGCCAUGAAUAUAUCUUUUCUUUUUUUAAAGAGAGUUUUGAAAAUGAUCACUUACCUAAAACUUGAAAGCUAUGAAUUAGUUAUCCAUACUCUCAUGACAAUUUUGUUGGUGAUCAACAAAAAAGAGAUCUAUUUCUUUAAAAUAUAUUUGUGCAGAAACUGCAUGUAACUCUAAGUUUUACUCCUAACAUAUGUAUGUUUGGGGAAGUAUUCUAUUCUAUACUUGCCAAUGUGGAGAACAAAAUAGUUUUUUAAGAAUGAAGAAGUAUAUAUAUCCAUUCUGUAUUUUACGUGCAGCAGAAUUAUCUUCCGUAGGGUUUUUUUUGUGUAUUCACAAGGUGAUAUUUGUAUUGUAAAACAAUAAUGGUGAAGGAAAUAAAAAGGCUUUUAAAAUUUUGUUUGUUUUAAAUCUUUGUAAAGUUAUUAUUCCAGAGAGUAUACUGAUAUCUUACAGCUUACCUAGAUCAUAAAUUAAUCAAAAUGCACUUUUUAAUAAAAACUGAUACUUAAAACAAA